AUACAUUUUAGUGAUAUUAAAUUUUGAGCUCCAGAUAAUGAAAAACAAUUGUUUCUUUAUCCUUUCUUUCUUUUCACCUUCCUGCCUUCCCAACUCGGAGAACAAAAGAACAAAUAGUUGACUGUGUCCCUUAAAAUCAUGAAUUCUGACUGAAUAAAUGCACUGCAUAGAAACUGAACCAAGCAUUUGCUGUUAAUUGUUUUCCUUCUCCUGCAGUGGCCUGUGAUGCGGCCACAAGCCAGCAUAGCAUCACAUGCAGCUGAUUAUCCCUGUAAUUCUCCAUGACUAAAACAACGCUGUCCUUUUACGCAAAUGACUCCAGCGUGAUCCCUCAGCCCAUGUGGCUGGCCAGGACUUCUACUUUGACUUUCUUUUUCUUUGUUUUGUGAGUGGUCGCUGAGAAACAGGCAGCAAAACUGUGGAACUACCUGUAUCCUGUUCUGAAUCUUUACCCCGGUGAAGGCUGUUUACACACAACCACAAAUGGACAACGGUGGGAAGAAAAGAGGAAUCGUGAUAAAAGACGACUGGCCAGGAUACAGUCUGGACCUGUUCACCUACCCUGAACACUACCAUGAAGACAUAGAGAGCGUUUACAUUCCACAUGGGGUCAUCAUGAACAGGGUGGAGCGUCUGGCCGGCUACGUCAUGGAUGACUUCGAGGACAGUAACAACAUCGUGGUGCUGUGCGUCUUGAAGGGAGGCUACAAGUUUUGUGUGGACCUGGUGGAGUUCAUCAAGGUUCUCGGGCGCAACUCCGACAACUACGUGGAGACCCGAGUGGAGUUCAUUCGUCUGAAGAGCUACCUAAAUGACCAAUCAACAGAGGAGCUGCACAUCAUAGGAAGCAGAGAUCUGUCAUUCCUGCGUGGAAAGAGUGUGCUCAUUGUGGAGGCCAUAGUUGACACAGGAAAGACCAUGAAGGCCCUUCUGAAGCAUGUGGAGACCUUUGAACCCAAGAUGGUCAAGGUCGCAGGUCUGCUGGUGAAGAGGGUCCCUAACAUGGCUGAAAGUCUGACAGACUAUGUUGGAUUUGAAAUCCCCAACCACUACGUCGUUGGCUAUGCUUUGGACUACAAUGAAUAUUUCCGUGACCUGAAUCAUAUCUGUGUCAUCAGCAAGACUGGGAAGAUGAAGUACAAGGUUUGAGAAAAAUGGAUAAAUAAAAGAAAGAAAUGCUGGCCACAAGGACAGGACUGUUGGUGACAGAUGGAGAGAGCUUAUGGACGUUGGCAUCCCCGCGCCCGGAUGACGCCCACUCUGACUCAUGGAAAACACACAGUGGGUGCAGCAGGCAGGCUGAACGGCGUCUCCUCACCACACUGUAUCUAUCUGUUCCCAACUUUAAUCAGGCCUUACUGGAAAUCACAAACAAAUACAUGAGAAUUCAAUUGAGGAUUUGGCAAAACCGACAUGUAAAUUAAAUCUGGAGUCUGUU